GCGCACGUGCCGCCGCCGCGAUGAAGUUCGCCUACAAGUUUUCAAAUCUGCUGGGUACCGUCUAUCACCGCGGGAACCUGAAUUUUACCCCCGAUGGAAAUUCACUUAUCAGCCCGGUGGGAAACAGAGUCACUGUAUUUGACCUAAAGAAUAACAAGUCUGAGACGCUGCCACUUGCAGCGAAGCGCAACAUCACGUGUGUGGCACUCUCUCCUGACGGCUCUCUCGCCAUAGUUAUCGAUGAAGAGGGCGAUGCCCUGCUUAUCAGCUUGGUGUGUAAAGCCGUGCUGCACAAAUACCACUGGAACCGGCCUGUGCAGAGCAUCUCCUUCUCCCCCGACAGCAGCAAGUUUGUGAUCACAAAAGAAAAUGUCGCGGAAAUGUACCACGCCCCAGGGAAUAAGCGAGAAUUUAAUGCCUUUACCCGGGACACAACUUACUUCGGACCGUACGAUGAAACCACUUGCAUCGACUGGACCGAAGACUCCAAGUGUUUUGCCGUGGGAAGCAAGGACAUGUCCACGUGGGUCUUUGGGGCCAAGCGCUGGACCAACCUAAUAUAUUACUCCCUGGGAGGCCAUAAGGAUGCAAUUGUAGCCUGUUUCUUUGAAGCCGACAGUCUGAAUCUGUACACCCUCAGCCAGGAUGGGGCCCUGUGCGUCUGGCACUGCGACACUAGGCCCGAGGACCUGGAACUGAAGCCUCCCAAAGGCUGGCAGGCCCAGCUGUUGCAGAGAAAGAAGCAGCAGCAGCAGCAACAGGAGGAAGAGGAGGGGGAGAAAGAGGAGGACGAUGGAGAAGAAGGCGGUGGGGCGAAAAUCCAAGGCAAAGCGAAUCCAAGUGAAAAGGAGAUGAAAGGAAAAGUGAAAUAUAGACGGGCUGCAAAGUAUUUUUUCAAUAAAGAAGGAGACUUUAAUAACCUGACGUCCGCUGCCUAUCACAAGAAAACUCACCUCCUCGUCACCGGUUUUGCUUCCGGCAUCUUCCAUCUCCACGAACUCCCCGAGUUCAACCUUAUCCAUUCCCUGAGCAUUUCGGAUCAGAGGAUAGCAUCCAUCUCUGUCAACAGUUCCGGAGACUGGAUCGCCUUCGGUUGCUCAGGUCUGGGGCAGUUGCUGGUGUGGGAAUGGCAGAGCGAGUCCUACGUGCUCAAGCAGCAGGGCCACUUCAACAACAUGACGUCCCUGGCCUAUUCCCCCGACGGGCAAUACGUAGUGACCGGGGGAGAAGACGGGAAAGUGAAGAUUUGGAACACCUCGAGCGGGUUCUGCUUUGUCACGUUCACGGAGCACACCAGCGGGGUCACCGCCGUGACCUUCACGUCGUCGGGCUUCGUCAUCGUCAGCUCCUCGCUCGACGGGACCGUCCGAGCCUUUGACCUUCACAGGUACCGGAACUUCCGCACGUUCACGUCUCCACGCCCGGCCCAGUUCUCCUGCGUGGCCGUGGACUCGAGCGGUGAAAUCGUGGCGGCCGGGUCCCAGGACUCCUUCGAAAUCUUCCUGUGGUCCAUGCAGACAGGGAGGCUCCUAGACGUCUUAUCAGGGCACGAAGGCCCCAUCAGCGGCCUCUGCUUCAACCCGAUGAAGUGCGUCCUUGCCAGCGCUUCCUGGGACAAGACCGUCCGGCUGUGGGACAUGCUCGAUAGCUGGAGAACCAGAGAGACGCUCACCGUGGCCUCGGACGCCCUCGCUGUGACUUUCCGCCCGGAUGGGCUUGAGCUGGCCGUGGCCACCCUGAACGCCCAGAUCACUUUCUGGGACCACGAGAACGCCGUGCAGAGUGGCUCCAUCGAAGGCAGGCAUGACCUGAAAGUGGGCCGCAAGGAAUUGGACAAGAUUACGGCCAAGCACUCAGCCAAGGGAAAGUCUUUCACCACUCUGUGUUACUCAGCGGAUGGCCAGUCCAUCCUGGCCGGGGGCUUGUCCAAGUUCGUUUGUUUUUACAACAUCAAAGAACAGAUUCUCAUGAAGAAGUUCGAAAUCUCCUGCAAUCUCUCCCUGGACGCGAUGGAGGAGUACUUGGAUCGCCGGAAAAUGACCGAAUUUGGCAGCUUGGCACUGAUAGACCAAGAUGCCGGAGUGGAAGAUGGGGUGGCCGUGCCACUGCCCGGGGUCAAAAGAGGUGACAUGAGUUCUCGACACUUUAAGCCCGAGAUCAGAGUGACCUGCCUCCACUUCUCUCCCACUGGGCGGUGCUGGGCGGCCACCUCCACCGAGGGCCUUCUCAUCUUCUCCCUGGACUCCGGGCUGGUCUUCGACCCCUUCCUGCUGGAUUUCGACAUCACCCCCAGGAACGUGCGGAUCGCGGUGCGCCAGAAAGAGUUCACCAAGGCGAUUCUGAUGGCCUUCCGGCUGAACGAGCAGAAGCUGAUCCAGGAGGUGAUGGAGGCGGUGCCCAGGAACGAAAUUGAGGUGGUGUGCUCAUCGCUCCCCGAUUUGUAUGUGGACAAAGUCCUUGAGUUUUUAGCCUCCGCCUUUGAGGUGUCGCAUCACCUGGAAUUCUACCUGACCUGGUCAGAGCGGAUAUUGAUGCUGCACGGGCCCAAGCUGAAAACCAGGGCAGGGAAGUUGUUACCUACUGUUCAGUUCCUUCAGAAGAGCAUUCAGCGGCACUUUGAUGAUAUUUCUAAACUUUGUGACUGGAACCGCUACAAUAUCAAAUACGCCUUGGCGGUUUCUCAGCAGCGGGGGGUGAAGCGGCCCAACGACGAAGAGUUAGAAGCGCCCGAACCGGGCGGCUUGCGGCCUGGGGACGAGGACGCAGAGGAGGAGGAGGAAAUGUGCAUGUAGCCUCAGAGUUGUGCUCUGUUCCUACGGCGGAAGAAGUGAUUCAUGCAGUGGUAUUCACUGAAUCUACCUGGCCCUCAUAGUGGCUAAUCUGUGUACGAAAGCCGGGGUGAAGGGGAGGUAGAGACGGGGAGGGUGGACGGGCGGGCAGGUUUGGCAGCAGAGUGACUGUCUUCGAGGUGGUCGCUUCCAUCCUGGGCACGCAGGAAACAGUGUGUUUUCCAAACGCAAUCCCUUCUUUGAGCUCAGGGAUACAGAUAGAUGCUCCUCUGGAACGUCCUAAUAGAAACCGGAGGGUGAGAGCGAGAAGCCGGCUCCUGUGGAGAGUUGUGGCAUUCUUUUUUUUAGGCAGGAGAGGGGAGGCAGAGGGCCAACUUGGUGGCUUCUCAGCUUUGUAGCGAGCAAUCUGGUCCGCCCCGGGGGCCCUCCCUGCCGUCAAGUCCCUCCUGCCACUCCUCUGGGAAACGUCAAAGCCGCAGGGAUGUUUGUGGAGUUCCCUGGGACUGGAGAGUUUCCUGGGAACGGCAGGAGAGUAUGGGGCUCGCAGAUGAGCGGAUUGAUGUACUGGGCCCCGCUCUCCGGCUUGGGAUAAGAGGCCUGACCGUGGUGCCCCCCCCUCAGAGUUGGCUUUGCUUUUUCCCAGAGUGGAACUCUUCCUCACAAACCAUCCUGUGUGUUAAAGGGGGAAGGACUCAGGAGACUGAGAAAGGGAAAUAAAAAGCUUUUUCCUCCCUGCCAGAGAA